CUCCUGCAGCCGCCACCGCCGCCGCUGCCGGGAGCUCGAUGGGCUUCUCCUGCGCGCCGCCCCGUGUCUGGCGGAGUCCAGGGAGCCGCGGCGCCUCGUUGCGGGGAGCCAUCGUUGCAGCCCGAGGCCGGGUCCCGGCUCGGGGACUGCAGGGGGAGGCGACGGCGGCUGCGGCGGGAGCCUCGACAGGGGCCUGGGACUGGGGAACUGCCUCCGACUUCACGUUCUCUACAGGUGCACCUACAGGGAAGACGUCUUGCAGGGUUGGACUUUGCCCUCCAGGGAAACUGGGCAAAUAAAGCCGGAAGGAUUCCUCCCUCAUGAAAGCACAGGCACCCCACUUGUUGUGGCACACAAACACCUUUGUGUGUGGUUGGACACCUGGAUUCCAUGUGAGGAACUCUGAUGAGAUACCAAGGGACUGCUGACAUUAAAAAUGGUGAAGAAACCAAGGUGCAGAGAAGUUAAUUGUCUUGACCAAGGUCACAGGUCACAUAACUAAUAAGUGGCAGAGCCAGGAUUUGAGACCAGAGACUCAAGCCGCAGUGUUAGGAAGAAAAGACGCAUUGCCCAGCGCUUGUUUCUGAAGGAAGAGAGAGCGCGCGUGCACAGUCUGUGCUAUGUGCAGGGCGCUGCCGGCCACAGCGUUCAGCACGAGCACCUCCCACCCCCUCCGCCCUCACGCCAACCCUGUGCGGAGGUGGCUGGGGCUGGCAUGUGUUCUUCUCACAGAUGUCAGUAUGGACAGAAUAGCUUAUGAUGCUUACCCCCGCCCACCACUUCCGAGACAUUGAGCGGAAGCCAGAAUACCUCCAGCCGGAGAAGUGUGUCCCCCCUCCCUACCCUGGUCCUGCGGGAGCCAUGUGGUUUAUCCGCGACGGCUGCGGCAUCGCUUGUGCCAUUGUCACCUGGUUUCUGGUCCUCUAUGCGGAGUUUGUGGUCCUCUUUGUCAUGCUGAUUCCAUCCCGAGACUACGCGUACAGCAUCGUCAAUGGAAUUCUGUUCAACCUGCUGGCCUUCUUGGCCCUGGCCUCCCACUGCCGGGCCAUGCUGACGGACCCCGGGGCAGUGCCCAAGGGAAAUGCCACCAAGGAAUUCAUCGAGAGUUUACAGCUGAAGCCCGGGCAGGUGGUGUACAAGUGCCCCAAGUGCUGCAGCAUCAAGCCCGACCGCGCCCACCACUGCAGUGUUUGUAAGCGGUGCAUUCGGAAGAUGGACCACCACUGUCCCUGGGUCAAUAACUGCGUGGGCGAGAACAACCAGAAGUACUUCGUCCUGUUUACAAUGUAUAUAGCUCUCAUUUCCUUGCACGCCCUCAUCAUGGUGGGAUUCCACUUCCUGCGUUGCUUUGAAGAAGAUUGGACAAGGGACAACCUCGUUUUAUCAGAUCUCCUGCAAGCCUAUGGACUGAUCAGGGAAGGAGGAGCAGAGGCCCGAAUCUCCCUUCAUGAAAAAAAGCAGCCCCUUAAAAUCAGUUCCGCAGAGUGCAGCUCCUUCUCGCCGCCCACGACGGUCAUCCUCCUGAUCCUGCUGUGCUUCGAGGGGCUGCUCUUCUUCAUUUUCACAUCGGUGAUGUUUGGGACCCAGGUGCACUCCAUCUGCACGGACGAGACGGGCAUCGAGCGCCUCAAACGAAAGCAUCAGCCCAGGGAGUACAGGGGCAGCUGGAAGUUGGUACAAGACAUCUUUGGUGGGCGCUUUUCCCUGAACUGGUUCAACCCCUUCUCCGGACCGUGGCAUCCAAAGCCGCUCAGUGACAGGGACUGGGUGCAGCAGGUGGCAUCAACGUCAGAGACCGACAAUACGGAAAUGACAGAGGAGCGUUCAGGGGAGAGUAAGGACGAGGACUCUGUGGAGGUGACAGAUGAGUGAUGCUGCUGUGGGGAGAGCCGGACUUGAAGAGUCGCUGUCAACCUGGCGUUGUGGCCACGGGGCUCACGGGCACGACGCGCUCCCCUGCACCCCGCUGCCUCCCUCAGGCCACUGCCACCCUCUGUAACACCCCCUCCCUCUCCCCACGUUGGGCCAGGUUGGGGUGCGGGUGGACUAGGGUGACCGAGGACAAGACUUUCUCUGGGUCUAAGGCGUGCCCGGAGACGGACUGCCAGGAGCAUCCGCCUGGGCGUCCUCACGCAGCCAAGGGAGCUGAGCAGGGCAGCCCAGGGCAGGAAAGAACGUGCCUUUGGCGUUUCUCGUGACGUCUGUCUUCUCUCGGGAAGGUUGGGGCCCUGCCUUCUGGCUUCUGAGAACUAAGGCCAUGACAUCAUGAGGGAAAGACGGGGCAGGGACACCACAGGGAUGCAGGGUGGGACACUGACAUCAGGAAACCAGUCAGGAAGGGGCUCCCCCUGCUGCCUGCCUGAAUCAGACCUUCCUCGUACCUAGGCAUGGCAGGCUUCUAGCGUUUUACCAUCUAGUUCCAUAGAUGCCAGACUCUUCCCUGAGUCAGACAGCAUGGAGCUGUCCUGCCGUGGCUACAGGUCUGUCCAUUCACAGGUGGAGUGGGGAGCAGUGGGAAGGACCUAUUUAGAGCUCCUGGGGACUCACCCACCUCCCCCAUGAGAACUUAAUUUUACUUUCCCUCCUGGCAGGAGUCUAACAGCUCACAUGGGCACAACUAACCAGAAAUCUGGCAGAGCAACCAGGAAGGCAGGGGCUCCCACUCUCAGACUGUGGGCCUGUUUUCUUGGUCUGUAUCAGCUUUAAUAUUUAUUGACGACGAGGUAGGCAGCCCAGGUCGGCUCUGCAGCCCGUGACGGCCCAGCCAGGGCAGGGCGCAGCUGCCUCCCACUUUGGGGUAUAGCUGUUCUCUGACCAUGGGGCCCAUAGGUUGUCUUAACCCCUAGGGCAGCCCUGGGGGCAUCCGCAUGGUGGAAUGUGCACAGACUCCCCGGGGAGGCAAGGUUAGAGGUCAGAGAAGGGAAGCGGGUCACCAGUCUCAGGGUGCACUAAACUCCAAGGUCCUAAGGAAUGGCCUCACACAAGCUUUAAACUGCUCUUCCCUGGGGCCAGUUUGGUCUGAAAGCAGAGUUGUCCACCAGCCCCAAAGCCAUUCUGUUCUUAGAUCGGUUGGCGGGGAGACAUUUGACUUGCAGAGUGGGAGCCAGCCCCGCUAUCCUCACUGAGGCCACCUUGGCGCAAGACCUAGGCCAUGGCCCGUUCUGGGAGGGUUGGGCUGGGCCGGGCCCCAGCCAGUGUCAUGUGGGUAACAGCCCGAUCCAUCCUGAGCCUCACAUCCUCACAUCAGUGACCACAGUGGCAUUCUCUCUUGUGGCGCUGUUGACAACAUAACAUUCUGCUCGGCCUCAAACUGACAGCAUUGAAGCUGAUGUCAAAACGAAACCAGGGCCUACCAGGAGGGGGGCGGGGUGCGAACCUUGCCUUUCUCUGAAUAAAAAGUUCUUUGCUCGAC